ACCUUACAUUACCGAAUAAUAACACUGUGAUUAUGUGUUGUCAAGCAUUGUUUUAAAUAUUUUUCACAAUUCUAUUUAUUCUUGUGGCUUUUAAUAGUGCUUAUUGUAAUUGACACAAUUAAAAAUGAUUGAACGAAAAGAUAACGAGGGAAAUUUGUAUAGUUUUAAUGAUGAAGAUUUACCUUAUGAAGAGGAAAUUUUACGGAAUCCUUAUUCCGUAAAACAUUGGCAACGUUAUAUUGACCAUUUAAAAAAUACUAAAAGUAAUAACUUAAAUAUGGUUUAUGAACGUGCUUUAACAGAACUUCCUGGAAGCUACAAAUUGUGGUACAACUAUCUUCGACACCGAUUAAGACAGUUAAAGAAAAGAUGUAUAACGGAUCCCCUUUACGAAGAUGUGAAUAAUGCAUUUGAAAGAGCUUUGGUAUUUAUGCAUAAAAUGCCACGUAUUUGGAUGGAUUAUUGUAUACUAAUGACGAAACAAUGCUACAUUACACGUACUCGUCAAGUAUUUGACCGUUCUCUUAGAGCGCUUCCUAUUACACAGCAUCAUCGUAUUUGGCCACUUUAUAUAGACUUUUUAAAAAAACAUAAUGUUUACGAAACAUCUGUCAGGGUAUUUAGACGAUAUUUGAAGUUGGCACCAGAAGACACUGAAGAAUAUAUAGAAUACUUAAUAUCCAUUGGAAGACUUGACGAAGCGGCUAUUAAACUUGCACAGAUAGUCAAUCAAGAUGAUUUUGUAUCAAAACAUGGAAAAUCUAAUCAUCAGUUGUGGAACGAAUUGUGUAAUUUGAUAUCUAAAAAUCCUUCUAAAAUAAAAUCUCUUAAUGUCGACGCUAUCAUUAGAGGUGGUUUAAGGAGAUACACUGAUCAAUUAGGACCACUGUGGAACUCAUUGGCUGAUUAUUAUGUUCGCAGUGGUCUCUUUGAAAGAGCAAGAGAUAUUUAUGAAGAAGCGAUACAAACGGUAACGACUGUCAGAGACUUUACGCAAGUUUUUGAUGCAUAUGCACAAUUUGAAGAAUUAAGUCUCAGUAAAUGUAUCGAAAAUGAAACGAUGAUUGCAACCGAAGAUGGUAAUAUUGAACUAGAGUUGCGUUUAGCAAGAUUUGAACAUCUCAUGGAAAGGAGAUUGUUAUUACUGAAUUCAGUAUUAUUAAGACAAAAUCCUCAUAAUGUACAAGAGUGGCAUAAGAGAGUUAAACUUUACGAAGGACAACCGCACGAGAUAAUUAAUACAUACACUGAAGCAGUACAAACCGUACAACCACAAUUAGCAGUCGGCAAGUUACAUACUUUGUGGGUUGCAUUUGGCAAGUUUUAUGAAGAAAAUAAUCAAAUAGCAGAUGCUAGAGUAAUUUUUGAAAGAGCUACUCAUGUUCCUUAUACUAAGGUGGAUGAUUUAGCAUCAGUGUGGUGUGAAUGGGCAGAAAUGGAGAUUAGACAUGGAAAUUCUAAAGAGGCGUUGAAGCUUAUGCAUCGUGCUACCGCCAUGCCAUUCCGUAAAGUUUCCUAUCAUGAUGAGAAUGAAACUGUACAAAUGAGAUUGUACAAAUCUUUAAAAGUAUGGUCCAUGUAUGCUGAUUUAGAAGAAAGUUUUGGUACAUUCAAGACGUGCAAGGCUGUAUAUGAUAAAAUAAUAGAUCUAAAAAUAGCCACACCUCAAAUUAUUAUUAAUUAUGGUUUGUUCUUAGAAGAAAAUAAUUACUUCGAGGAAGCUUUUAGGGCAUAUGAGAAAGGAAUUGCACUCUUUAAAUGGCCUAACGUAUAUGACGUAUGGAAUACAUAUCUCACUAAAUUUUUGAAACGAUAUGGUGGAACAAAAUUGGAACGUACUCGUGAUUUGUUUGAACAAUGUUUAGAACACUGUCCUAGUAAAUAUGCUAAAGCAUUAUAUUUAUUGUAUGCAAAAUUAGAAGAAGAACAUGGUUUGGCCAGACACGCAAUGUCUGUCUACGAAAGAGCUACUAGUGCAGUUUUACCUGAAGAAAGAUUUGAAAUGUUUAACAUAUACAUUAAGAAGGCUGCAGAUAUUUAUGGUGUACCAAAAACUAGACAAAUAUAUGAAAAAGCUAUUGAAGUUCUUAACGAUGAAAAUACUAGAGAAAUGUGUUUAAGAUUUGCUGAAAUGGAAACUAAAUUAGGAGAAGUAGAUAGAGCGAGAGCUAUUUAUGCACAUUGCAGUCAAAUAUGCGAUCCUAGGGUAUCAUCUAAUUUUUGGAAAGUUUGGAAGGAAUUUGAAGUACAACAUGGAAAUGAAGAUACAAUGCGUGAAAUGCUUAGAAUCAAACGUAGUGUACAAGCCAUGUAUAAUACUCAAGUUAAUAUGAUGUCUGCUCAAAUGUUGAACAACGUCUCUGGUCAAGUAUCUGGUGUACAGAUCGAUAGUAUGCGUGCCCUAGAUAACAAAAUUUCUGAGACGGCUGCUCAAGCUGGAUUGAAGGAAACUAUUAAAUUUGUACGCGGUAUAACUGAAACUGAUGGAAAAGAAUCGUCACGUGUAAAUAAUCCGGAUGAAAUUGAUAUCGAUAUGGAUGAUGAUAAUGAAAACGAAGAAGAAGAAGAAGAAGAAGAAGAAAUUGAAGAAGAAAUGUCUAUUGAAAAACAAGUCAUUCCAUCGCAAGUAUUUGGUAGCUUAAAAACAGCAGAUAACGAUGCAACUGAAGAUGAAUGAAUAAAUUGCAAUUCAUUUGUUGAAAUAUAUAAUGUUUAUUUGAAGAUAUUAGAGCAACAAAAUAUUAUAUUAAUAUUUGCAUAUAAUUUCGUAUAUAAGAAUAUACGAACAUUUAUACUACAACAACAUUUAUAAUACAAUUUAAAUUACAUUAUGUCAUUUAA